AUGAAAUUAAGUCAUAUUGUAUCACUAACAUUUACGACGUCCCAAUUCUGUGCUGCUUUAUUGGCUUCUGACCAACAACCCCAGGGUCCACAACCCGUUGAACAAAUCGCCCUACUAGAUAGUAGCUUUUUUAAGCGUGAUAAGGAAGAUCGGAACUCAGUAAAUAAGUCGUUCCAAAUUAAGACAACUCCAAAAUCAUCACAUUCCACUACUACCAAAGCGACUUCUACGUCAAUUGUCAAAACAGAUUCCUCUCCAUCAUCUUCUCCGGUGGUUAUUAAGGACAAGGAAUCCUCCAAGUCGACACAAGCUUCUAGUACGUCUACAUCAUCAGCACCUAAAGCUACAAAAUCAACCCCUAAAACUGGGGAAGACCUUUCAAAAUUGCCAGAAUUCUGUAAAAAAGACUAUCACUACAUUCAAAAUGCAGUUCAAUUGAAUCAAUUGCAAUCAGAAUGUACCGUUGUUAAUGGUAAUAUAUAUAUAUUAGGUUAUCAAGAACCUGUUAUUGAUUUGGGUAAUAUUAACAGGAUUCUAGGUGACUUGAUAAUUGAGGAGUCGUCCAAAUUAUUGAGAGUUCAAGGUAAGAACUUAAACUAUAUUGGACACACAUUUAAAUUGCACGAUUUAACUUCUUUGACUGAAGUUGACCUACCUCAGUUAGGGCACUUUAAAACAUUAUAUUGGAGAGUUGUUCCGAUCUUGCAAACGGUUUAUAUGGAGCCUAAGAUCAGUUCUGUUAGGUCCGUUUUGAUCUCAGAUACCUCGUUGAUUGCAAUUGAAGGGUUUUACGGUACUGAAGAGUUGGAUUCGUUAAAUAUUAAUAAUAACCGUUAUAUGGAUCACAUCAAGACAAAUGUAAAACGUAUUACCACGCAAUUAAGCAUAUCUGCUAAUUCAGAAAAUUUGUUGUUAGAUAUGCCAGAACUAGAAGCAGCAGAUAAUGUCACUGUGAGAGAUGCCGCAUCAGUUUCCUUCCCCAAAUUAGAAUAUGUUAACCAAUCAUUAGAAUUGAUAGAAAAUAAUUUUGAAACUUUGCAAAUUCCUAAAUUGAAGAGAAUUGGCGGUACUUUUGGUUUGAUUGACAAUAGAAAUUUGGAAACUGUAAAUUUAUCAUCUGUAAGCGUGGUUCAUGGUGGAUUGAUGAUCUCAAAUAACACAAAGCUAACAACUUUGGACUUCUUACCCGAAUUACAACAAGUGGGUGGUGCUAUUCAAUUUGAAGGUACCAUUGAAGACACAUCUUUUCCUAAAUUGAGAUUGGUUAAGGGAUCCGCCAAAAUUGAUAGCGGUGCUGGAAAACUAGACUGUUCUAAAUGGACCAGGCCGUUAAGUGGAAAUUCCAUAAUAAGAGGUGGACAAUUGGAAUGUACCUCUGCAGGCAGACGCAAUACAGUCAGCGUUUCUAAAGAUGGAAUUGUAUUAGACAGAGAUUCAACUGAAGUCAUUCCAAAUGAAAGUCUGGGUAUAUCUGUAAUAAUGAAUAGAUCUAAACUUGGAAAACUAGUGUGGUCUCUAGGAUUUGGCUGGAUGAUAUUCUUACUAAUCUUCGUUACUUUGCAAUGA